AAUUGUCCCUUUACAUGUGUAUUGCCGAAUCGCGUUCAGGCUCGCAAUUUAAAUGAGUUGUCUCAGAAUUUCAAUAUCUGUCAGAGUAUGUGUGGAAGAUUAUAAAAUCAGUUAUAUAAGGUGAGCAUGUGACCGCGCCAUCAUCAGGUGACAACAUGGGAUAGACGCCAUUAAAUGGGGAAACCCGGAGGUUUCGACUGCAACAAAAGUGAAAUUUCAACAGACAUGACAACCCGCAAAGAUACUUGGGAUCCGCUUAUAAGGAGCCUAAUAGAUCAAACGGAAUGGCAAUUAAGUCAGAAACUUGGCAACCCUUGCUACACAGAACUUCCGGUGUUGGAUGACGUCAUCAAACGCGUUCUAGAGACAGGAAUUGUCGUAAUAACUGGAAAAGCAGGGGAUGGUAAAACAACACUCGGUCUCUCUGUGCUUCGUCAUUUUCACAACGUCUGUUAUUCAACACCAAUCAACCUUCUCAACUCAAAUCCACUCGAGCUGCAUAAAAUCCUUAUGACCGAUAAAAAUUGUGUGUUAUUAAUGGAUGAUAUAUUUGGGAAGACCAAUUUUGAAAUAAAACGUUUUGAAAGAUGGCAGCCAAUGUUAGAGGAGUUACACUCGUACAAGGGCUUUGGAAACCCGGAUAUGCGAAGUGUGUUCAUUGUUAUCACUUUACGGAGCAACAUCUAUUUUGAAAGCUUACGUUAUCUGCGGUCCGUAAAAUUCAGUGAACACAAUAUAUUUGCAACUCCCUAUCUUGUAGAUUUAGCUGAUGGAUACAGAAUGGAUAGGCUUUCCAAAUUAGAAAUGAUAGAUAAUUACUCGAGCUGUUAUCAUAAAACCCUAUCAAAUCAACUCAGAAGGGAAAUAUCGAAAACAUAA